AUGUUGGUCGAACAACAACAAGAGAUUCGUUUGGAUUCCUAUGUUACAGACGAUGCCAACACAUCGAAAAAGAGAAAGGCAGACGAUCUUGCAGAUUACUCACUCGACAAGCUGGUGUCUGGUUACGUCAAUGAAGUCGGUUUGAUCAAUCCAGUGCAGAACUUCAAAGAUAUGUUGGCAAGACGUGAUAUCGAUCUGGUAGACAAAGCGAUAUCAUUAAUGAAACAACGUAUUGUCCAACUGGUAAACGAUUCACUCAAAGAUCAAUUCUAUCAGAAGGCAUUGGAGUGUGUCGUUGUCGUGGGUCUAUCAAAGAAUCAGAAUCAUUGGUAUUCAGGUGAACUUCGUGAUUAUUAUGAAUCAAAGAAUCGUGAUGACUUUUGGCAACUUAUCGUUACAAUCAGAUCGGAUUGA